UAAAAAAUGCAUAUAUUUUUGGCAAUAAUGAUGGCGUAAAGGAGGGGAUAGAGUUAUUCCCGCGACCAAACAAUAAAGAGAAAUGCUUUCUUUUUCUUCUCCAGAAUUUGUCCGGCAUCAACGGCAUUGACCUUGUCGCAGGUUUUGGUCUCUAGUCGCCUUGUUUUUGCCAGAUCGACCAUAUUCAGCUUUCCUAUUCGAGCUUCGCAUCGUCUUUCCGACGUAGCAAAGGUUUGAGAAUCAGCAAAGAUGAGUGACAAUCUCAUGGACAAAGUUACCGCCUUUGGUGAGCGCCUCAAGAUCGGAGGUUCGGAAGUGAGCAACAAAAUCACUGCUGGUGUGAGCUCGAUGAGCUUCAAAGUGAAGGAACUCUUCCAAGGUCCAAACCCAACUGAUAAAAUUGUUGAGGACGCUACCACGGAGAAUCUAGAGGAACCUGACUGGGACAUGAAUUUGGAGAUAUGUGACAUGAUAAACCAAGAGACGAUUAAUAGCGUUGAGUUGAUCCGUGGGAUAAAGAAGAGGAUCAUGAUGAAGCAGCCGAGGAUUCAGUACCUUGCCUUGGUUUUGCUUGAGACGUGUGUUAAGAACUGUGAGAAGGCAUUCUCAGAGGUGGCGGCAGAGAGAGUUCUUGAUGAAAUGGUUAAGCUGAUUGAUGAUCCGCAAACGGUUGUGAAUAAUCGGAACAAAGCUUUGAUACUGAUAGAAGCUUGGGGAGAAUCCACCAGCGAACUUCGCUACCUACCAGUUUUCGAAGAAACUUACAAGAGCUUAAAAGCGAGAGGUAUCCGUUUUCCUGGACGAGACAACGAGAGCUUGGCACCUAUUUUCACCCCUGCUCGGUCAGCUCCAGCACCAGAAGUGAAUGCUGAUCCUCCUCAGCAUGCGCAUGAGCCUGCACAUGUUCGGUAUGAAGCUCCUGUAAGAAGCUUUACCGCUGAGCAGACAAAGGAAGCUUUCGAUAUCGCAAGAAACAGCAUUGAACUUCUUUCCACGGUCCUGUCCUCUUCACCUCAACACGAUGCUUUACAGGAUGACUUAACAACGACACUUGUACAACAAUGUCGUCAGUCUCAGAACACUGUCCAAAGAAUCAUCGAAACAGCAGGGGAAAACGAAGCCCUUCUGUUUGAAGCCUUGAAUGUGAACGACGAGCUUGUGAAAACACUGUCCAAGUAUGAGGAGAUGAACAAGCCCUCUGCACCUCUGAUCGCACCUGAACCAGCAAUGAUUCCUGUGGCUGAAGAGCCCGAUGACUCUCCCGUUGAUGGAAAACAUGAAGCUCUGGUCAGAAAAUCAUCGAGUAACCGAGCUGGGAUCCAUGGAGGUGGUAGUGGGGAUGACAUGAUGGAUGAUCUAGAUGAGAUGAUCUUCGGUAAGAAAACCGGCGGUGAUGGAGAUUCUUCCACUGAUGCUGGACAUGACUCGAAGAAGCAGCAAUCUUCGUCUAAAAACGACGAUCUCAUUCGAUUCUGAGACCGUUUUUCCCGGCAAAAAAAAAAAAAAAAUUCUUUUAUGGAUUUGGUGUUUAAUUGGUUAUUAUGAAUGAACAGUUUCAGUGUAAGUAAUCUUGUGUUUGGGGAUCUCUUAUGACUUGUGUGAUGGGUUUAUAAAGAAAGAGAUUUGUUAUUUGCUCAUUGUGUUGCUUCUGAUUUCCUUUUAUCUUAUUGCUCACUUUCUCAACGUUUCUCACUCUAAACCGAAUUAAACAUCCGAUUCUGUCAAAUUGCUGUCGGAGCGCAUUUGAUUACAGCAAUUGAGUUUCUAUUUAGCGUUUCAACCGCGGUCGCAAUCGCGUUAAGAGAAGCGCAUCCGCAUCGUCACUUUUCCCACUUCACUCUCAUCUUCUGCGUUCCACGACUAACAGAAAUCUGUAAUCGAAUUCGAAUCGAAAACAUCAGAUCUCGCAAUGUUCGGAAAACAGCAGAAUCAUCAUCAUCAUACUUCCUCCAGACCCAGAUCCAAAACCUUAAUCUCCAUACUUUUCCUCUUCUCCAUCUCUCUCCUCGUCAUCCUCUACAGCUUCUCGUCCUCCGCCCGCCCCUCCGUUUCGUAUCCGUACCAAUCAGACCGUCCGGAGACGUCCUUCGUCACCUCCCUGGAGCAGUUUUUAAUCCAUAAGGCGUCGAAGCUCUCGUCACCGGUUAGAGACGACACGGCGCGUGGGGAGAGUGAUGAUGAUGUGAGGAAGCUCGAUGAGAUGGUGUUUGAGAGGGAGAGUCGGCGGUUGAACGAAGAUCCGGGAUAUCCUGUCGGGUUUCCUAUUAAGGUUUACGUGUAUGAGAUGCCGAAGAAGUUUACUUUCGAUCUUCUCUGGUUAUUCCACAAUACUUACAAAGAGACGUCGAAUGCCACCUCUAAUGGUAGCCCUGUGCAUCGCCUCAUCGAGCAGCAUUCAAUUGAUUACUGGCUCUGGGCUGAUCUGAUCUCCCCUGAAUCUGAAAGGCGUUUGAAAAGCGUCGUGAGGGUCCAUCAGCAGCAGGACGCUGAUUUUUUCUAUGUUCCGUUCUUCACUACAAUCAGCUUCUUCUUGUUGGAGAAGCAGCAAUGCAAAGCACUAUAUAGGGAAGCCUUGAAGUGGGUCACUGAUCAGCCUGCUUGGAAGAGAUCGGAGGGAAGGGAUCACAUAUUUCCUAUUCACCAUCCGUGGUCUUUCAAGUCCGUCCGCAAAUUCGUGAAAAACGCAAUCUGGCUUUUACCAGAUAUGGACUCCACUGGGAACUGGUAUAAGCCUGGGCAAGUUUCACUGGAGAAAGACCUAAUUCUUCCUUACGUUCCAAAUGUUGAUAGAUGUGAUGCCAAAUGCUUGUCAGAAAGUGCACCAAUGAGGACAACACUUCUUUUUUUCCGAGGGCGGCUUAAGAGGAAUGCUGGAGGUAAAAUACGUGCGAAACUUGGUUCAGAACUGAGCGGUGUCAAGGAUGUAAUCAUCAGUGAGGGGACUGCCGGAGAGGGUGGGAAAUUGGCUGCUCAGGCCGGCAUGCGUAGAUCUUUAUUCUGUUUGUGUCCUGCUGGUGACACACCGUCCUCGGCGAGAUUGUUUGAUGCCAUCGUCAGUGGCUGUAUACCUGUUAUAGUCAGUGACGAGUUGGAACUUCCCUUCGAAGGAAUACUUGAUUACAAGAAGGUUGCUGUGCUUGUUUCUUCUAGUGAUGCAAUACAACCAGGAUGGCUUGUAAAUCAUCUGAGAAGCCUUAUACCCUCCCACGUCAAGAAAUUCCAGAAUAACCUUGCUCAAUACUCGCGGCAUUUCCUGUAUUCCAGCCCUGCUCAGCCAUUAGGUCCUGAGGACUUGACAUGGAGAAUGAUAGCCGGAAAGCUGGUGAACAUUAAGCUUCACACGAGGAGGUCACGACGGGUCGUGAAAGGAUCAAGGAGUAUUUGCAGAUGCGAUUGCUGGAGACCUAACUCUACAGCCACCAUUUCUCUGAGUCCUCCUCUCUUGUCUUAAGACCCAUCACUUCACAUUUUCAGUUUUGAAGUCUCUCGGAUUUGUUACCAUUUGAAGUUCUUAUCCUCUACAAUUUAUAUAUAUGCUUCUUAUUCAUAUUCGCAACAUAACAAAUCAUUGAACAAAAGUUUUCAUAUCUAAUUCGCCUGACGUCGUCACCC